AUGCCUCUACGCAAUCGGUCACUAGGUCGCGACGUCCAUAUCUAUGAUGCCGAUGACCGUACUAUAGUUGUCGGUGGUCUAAUCCUUACAAAUGGCGUCACGAAUGCCAACUUCUACUCGAUGGUGGAGAUGCUCGUCGUGUUCACAACUGCUUUCGAACUACAAAACGAAGAGGGCAUCAAGGUCCAAAAGACUGACGAUCCGCUUCGGCCGGGGAAUUACUACAUUCAUGCCUCUGGUUCUUUCUCGGUUAACAAGGAGUCGUGGCUAGUCCGUACGAAAUCUAUUUCUACUGGAACUGGUACCCAGUGUUUCCUCGCGGCGCAAUUCGACCGCUGGGACGGCUUUGAGGCCGCACACAUAUUUCCAGUAGCCUACGAAGAUCAUUGGAAGGAUCAUGGCUACGAGCACUGGAUUACUAUUCAACCAGACAACGGCGGAGCAAUCAACUCAGUACAAAACGGGCUAUUGCUUGAUUCUGCUGUACACCAACUCUUUGACAAUUACAUCCUUUCUAUUAAUCCAGACAAAAGGUCUUGCCGGCGUGCCGGCAAGCAUCUCGACCGACAGCUACUUGAUGAUCCUCAACGGCCUAUUGAUCAACUGCUGCGAUGGCAUUUCAGGCAGGCUGUUCUAGCAAAUAUGAGAGGCGCUGGUGAGCCUUACUUUGAGCAUGAUUUCCCUCCUGGCUCCGACAUAGUUGGCGAUAUACUAAGUGGCUCGAAGCCUGCUGAAAGGAUGGGGUUUGAGUUAUUCAAUCGCCUGGCAGCUCAAGUUGCAGUACAUGGCCUAUCUCAAAGUCGACAGAAGGCAGGGCGAAACUCCAGGUGA